GCGGGUUGCCUCGCGAUGCUGCUGCCGCCGCCACCGCCGCCCUCGUCGCUUCUACCAGGAGGCGCCCCGGGCGCUGGAGCGCGAGCCAUGGCGGGGCCGGAGCUUCAGGACGAGGCCGGUCUCCGUGAGCAGCAGGACGAAGCCAGGGAGCGAGGCCGCGGCGGGGCCACGGCCGAGUGCGCCAGGGGCCGGGCAGCCGGGGCGAGCAGGGCGGUGUCCGAGGCGGAGGCCGCUGCGUCAGCUGCCCAAGGGGACCCCGACGGCGCCGGUCCCCGCUGGGGAGCCCAGCACGCCGGAGCCCGCGAGCUGGCCGAGCUCUACUCUCCAGGGAAGAGACUGCAGGAAUGGAUUAGUGUCAUCUUGUGUUUUUCUCUGAUGUCUUUCAACUUCUACCAUCUUCUCUUCUGCUUGAGACUGGAACAUGCCUUCUCAAUUAUUUUUGGGAUAUUUGCAGGAAUCAUUACUGCUGAUUUUGCCUCUGGUCUAGUGCACUGGGGAGCAGAUACCUGGGGAUCUGUCGAUCUGCCAAUAGUUGGAAAGGCUUUUAUCAGACCUUUCAGAGAACAUCACAUUGACCCAACAGCAAUUACAAGACACGACUUUAUAGAGACCAAUGGAGAUAACUGCAUGUUGACGGUAGUUCCAUUGGCAAACAUAGCCUACAAGCUGGUUUCUUUAUCACCAGAAGCAUUACACCAAUCGUGCCCUUGGGAGUGUUACGUCUUUGCCCUGGCUAUAUUUGGAACCUUGACAAACCAGAUUCACAAGUGGUCUCACACCUACUUUGGUCUUCCUCGCUGGGUUAUCUUCCUGCAAGACUGGCACGUUAUCCUGCCACGCAAACACCACCGGAUCCAUCACGUGUCUCCUCAUGAAACUUAUUUCUGUAUUACUACAGGUGUAAAAGUUCCUCGUAAUUUUCGACUGUUGGAAGAACUUGAAGAAGGUCAGAAAGGAGUUGGAGAUGGGACAGUUAGCUGGGGUCUUGAAGAUGAUGAAGAUAUGACACUUACAAGAUGGACAGGCAUGAUUAUUGGGCCUCCAAGAACAAUUUAUGAAAACAGAAUAUACAGCCUUAAAAUAGAAUGUGGGCCUAAAUAUCCAGAAGCACCUCCAUUUGUAAGAUUUGUAACAAAAAUUAAUAUGAAUGGAGUAAAUAGUUCUAACGGAGUGGUGGAUCCAAGAGCCAUAUCAGUCCUAGCAAAAUGGCAGAAUUCUUAUAGUAUCAAAGUUGUUCUGCAAGAGCUCCGGCGUCUAAUGAUGUCUAAAGAAAAUAUGAAACUCCCUCAACCACCUGAAGGACAAUGUUACAGUAAUUAAUGGGAAAAAACAACAACAGAAAAAUCAUGCCCCUUCAUCAAUUUAAGCUCUCUCCAUUUUCCACAUAGUAAAUUUUCUAGAUGCAUCUUGUAGACCUCCAAAGUACUGGAAAGGAAGUUCCCUUGCAAAGGAAAGUCUAUCUUGAGAUACUGUAAAUGAUACUAAUUUUUUCCCCCAUUUGAAAAUAAGUUGUGCUAUAACAAAUAAUGCUGUCAUGUGUAACCACUGUCCAUAGUUGAACUUCUGGUAUCAAGAAAAAGUCUAUUUAAAUUUAUUACUGUCAAGACCAGUGUGGCACAUUGAACUCGACUGUGAAAAAGCAUAAAAAGCAAACGUCACACAAUCACAUUGCUGUGUGUUUGGCCUGGGUUUAUCUCUCUCCACCCCUCUCCCUGCCCCCUUUCUCUUUCCCUUUCUGUCUGACUUGUCUGUCCGCAAUAGGGUUGACGCUCAGGGCUAUUUAUUAGGGUAGACACGAAGGGCACAGUCUGCGGGGAAGUUCUCCUAGACCUUUGAGAAGAAGCGAGGCUGCGCAAGAGUGUCGUCCCAGGCUGUUGCUCAGAUCUCAUUCAUUCCAGUAAGGCUUGCUGAGGACCAUGCCUCAAAAGGACUGUGCCCAAAGGUUUUAAUCCCCAGUCCUAGGCUGGGGUUAUCUGGACUACUAAUGGGAUGUGUUGGUAUCCUCAGUCAUCCCUCCCUUUGUGCAGGCUCUAGUAAAAUGCUGAGUGUGUCUCGGGGUUCUUCUUUAUUUUCUGUUUCUUUU